GGAGCGGGGUCGCUCCGGAACAGAGACGCGGUCUUGACCACCCCAUCUGUUGUGACCCCCGACAGCGGUCGGGAUGGAGGUGAGAAGACGGCCGUGACGCGCGCCCGCGCGGCCACCUGCACCCCCAGCAGCCCACAGCGCUCCCUGCCCCCCUCCCCCGCGGCGGCCGGCCUUGCCGUCCAGUGACAGCGGCCUGGGGGGGCAGGGGGGGCGGGGGCAGCCGGACCAGCGAUGCCGGCGGGCAUGACGAAGCAUGGCUCCCGCUCCACCAGCUCGCUGCCGCCCGAGCCCAUGGAGAUCGUGCGCAGCAAGGCGUGCUCACGGCGCGUCCGCCUCAACGUCGGGGGUCUGGCGCACGAGGUGCUCUGGCGCACCCUGGACCGCCUGCCCCGCACGCGGCUGGGCAAGCUGCGCGACUGCAACACGCACGACUCGCUGCUCGAGGUAUGCGACGACUACAGCCUCGACGACAACGAAUACUUCUUCGACCGCCAUCCAGGCGCCUUCACCUCCAUCCUCAACUUCUACCGCACCGGGCGGCUGCACAUGAUGGAGGAGAUGUGCGCGCUGAGCUUCAGCCAAGAACUCGACUACUGGGGCAUCGACGAAAUCUACCUGGAGUCCUGCUGCCAGGCCCGCUACCACCAGAAAAAGGAGCAGAUGAACGAGGAGCUCAAGCGGGAGGCAGAGACCCUGAGGGAGCGAGAGGGGGAGGAGUUCGAUAACACGUGCUGUGCAGAGAAGAGGAAAAAGCUCUGGGACCUCCUGGAGAAGCCCAAUUCUUCCGUGGCUGCCAAGAUCCUUGCCAUCAUUUCCAUCAUGUUCAUCGUCCUCUCCACCAUUGCCCUGUCGCUCAACACGCUGCCCGAGCUGCAGAGCCUUGACGAGUUCGGCCAGACCACAGACAACCCCCAGCUGGCUCACGUGGAGGCCGUGUGCAUCGCGUGGUUCACCAUGGAGUACCUGCUGCGGUUCCUCUCCUCACCCAAGAAGUGGAAGUUCUUCAAGGGCCCACUCAACGCCAUUGACUUGUUGGCCAUCUUGCCCUACUAUGUCACCAUCUUCCUCACCGAAUCCAACAAGAGCGUGCUGCAGUUCCAGAAUGUCCGCCGCGUGGUCCAGAUCUUCCGCAUCAUGCGUAUCCUCCGCAUCCUCAAGCUCGCGCGCCACUCCACCGGCCUCCAGUCCUUGGGCUUCACCCUGCGAAGGAGCUACAAUGAGCUGGGCUUGCUCAUCCUUUUCCUCGCCAUGGGCAUCAUGAUCUUCUCCAGCCUUGUCUUCUUUGCCGAGAAGGACGAGGAUGACACCAAGUUCAAAAGCAUCCCGGCCUCUUUCUGGUGGGCCACCAUCACCAUGACGACGGUUGGGUAUGGAGACAUCUACCCCAAGACUCUCCUGGGGAAGAUUGUCGGAGGACUCUGCUGCAUUGCAGGUGUCCUGGUGAUUGCUCUUCCCAUCCCGAUCAUUGUCAAUAACUUCUCUGAGUUCUACAAGGAGCAGAAGAGGCAGGAGAAAGCAAUCAAGCGGAGAGAGGCUCUGGAGAGAGCCAAGAGGAAUGGCAGCAUUGUCUCCAUGAACAUGAAAGAUGCUUUCGCCCGGAGCAUCGAGAUGAUGGACAUUGUGGUAGAGAAAAAUGGAGAAAAUAUGAGUAAGAAGGACAAAGUACAAGAUAAUCAUUUGUCUCCCAACAAAUGGAAAUGGACAAAGAGGACACUAUCUGAAACUAGCUCAAGUAAGUCCUUUGAAACCAAGGAGCAGGGAUCCCCUGAGAAGGCCAGAUCAUCUUCCAGUCCUCAGCACCUGAACGUCCAGCAGUUGGAAGACAUGUACAAUAAGAUGGCCAAGACCCAAUCUCAACCCAUCCUCAAUACCAAGGAGUCAACAACACAGAGCAAACCAAAGGAAGAACUUGAAAUGGAGAGUAUCCCCAGCCCUGUAGCCCCUCUGCCCACUCGUACAGAAGGGGUCAUCGACAUGCGAAGCAUGUCGAGCAUCGAUAGCUUCAUUAGCUGUGCCACAGACUUCCCCGAAGCCACCAGAUUCUCCCACAGCCCUCUGGCCUCACUCCCCAGCAAGACUGGGGGUAGCAUGGCCCCAGAGGUGGGCUGGCGGGGAGCUCUGGGUGCCAGUGGUGGGAGAUUUGUGGAGGCCAACCCCACCCCUGAUGCCAGCCAAUGCUCUUCUUUCUUCAUUGAGAGCCCCAAGAGUUCUAUGAAGACGAAUAACCCCCUGAAGCUACGAGCACUUAAAGUCAACUUCAUGGAGGGUGACCCCAGUCCACUAGUCCCCGUUCUGGGGAUGUACCAUGACCCUCUUAGGAACCGGGGGGGUGCAGCUGCUGUCGCUGGGCUAGAGUGUGCCACACUCUUGGACAGGCCUGUACUGAGCCCAGAGUCCUCCAUCUAUACCACAGCAAGUGCUAGGACACCCCCCCGGUCGCCUGAGAAACACACAGCAAUAGCAUUCAACUUCGAAGCAGGUAUCCACCAGUACAUUGAUGCGGACACAGACGAUGAGGGGCAGGUUCUCUACAGUGUAGAUUCCAGCCCUCCCAAGAGCGUGCAUGUGAGCACCAGUCCCAAGUUCAGCGUCGGGACAAGAUCAGAGAAGAACCACUUUGAAAGCUCCCCCUUACCCACCUCCCCUAAGUUCUUAAGGCAGAACUGUAUUUACUCGACAGAAGCAUUGACUGGAAAAGGCCCCAGUGGUCAGGAAAAGUGCAAACUCGAGAACCACAUCUCCCCCGACGUCCGCGUGUUGCCAGGGGGAGGAGCCCACGGAAGCACACGGGAUCAGAGCCUCUGAGCUACCCUUCCUGCAGCAGAGACUUGUGGCAAGACCUAAGAGGCGUGCCGUUCAGCUGACCUGCCGCAGAGACAGACAGGCUCUGCAGAGCCCCCAGGCAGAAGAGAGACUCCAGAGGAGGCUCCCUAGGGCCUGGAGAGCCAUGACAGGUACAGCAGGACGAAGUGGGCCAAGCCACAGGCUAUGGCGUCUCCUUGUAACAACUCUGCUGCCCUCUUUGGGAGAUGACAUGGGCAGAACUCAUAGCCACCACUACCACAUGCUAGACCUCACCAAGACUACCUAGUCCCCACUUUUCUGUCACGGCUGUCCAUCGCAGCCUCAGGGGGCAACAUCUCCAUCCCUUGGGCUUCGGCUGGAGACGGACGCUGGACAACAACAAGUGGCCGGGUUGACCAAUUUCGUUUUGGGCAUUGCCCAGCCACCUCUAGGAACUCCUGUCCAUCGCCUCCUGGAUGGAUCCCACUGUCAGAAGGCUGCAGAGGAUGCUUGUGUCGUGGGGAAAUUUCUGCGCCAUAAACCACGGUCCCAGCGCAAAACCCUUCCUCAGAUGUCUUCAUCGACUUCAGUGUUCCGUAGUACCUGAGAUUUUAUUUUGAGAUAUCAUCAGGGUGAGUUGCACCACUUGUUCCCGAUUCUAAUUGCCCCCCGGCAACGUGGGAAGGGUUCAGACGGCAGGCACUCAGCCAACAGUGUGAACUGUGAACAUUGCUUUAGGGUUGUAUAAGGAAAACCCUCUCUGUACAUCACUAGCAGACUCAAAAGAUAUGCAAGAGUCAAAUAUGCAAAAGAAAUAGCUUAUUCAAAGAGACUGUAUGUUACCGAAGAACAGAAUAAAAUCUGAUUUUUUUUUUACCUGCAAAAAUGGAAAAAAAAAAAAAAUCCCCAAUUGAAAUGCCCAGUUCAGACUUUUGAAUACUUCCUGUGGCAGCAGGGAAAGCAUCUACUAUGAUAGAAAUUCUUUUUUGUUUCCUGUGGUAUUCAAGUUUAAAAAAAAAAAAGUUAAAAUAAAAAGCACUUUAUGUUUUUCAAAAAUAGGUUCUACCAGGGACAGUGUCAACAUCUGGCACUUUAAAAACAAGCACUAUUUCCCGUGGGCCACUUUUUGGGACUACAGUUGGGCUGUUAACUACAUGCCUGUGUCGGGCCACGGUGGGUGAUGUUGUGCGGGUAUUGCUGUCCGCCAUGUUGAAGUCUGUGGGCUCCUUCCCUGUCCCUCUGAAGCUUCCUGUUGGCCCCCUUGCGAGGAAGGGUACUUGAGCCCUGGAGUGGGGCCUCUCACAGAGUCCCGUGUGCAGGAGACACGCGCAUCUCGGAAGAACACAGUAGGCGGUGGGCACUGGGUGUUUACUCUGUUCUCUUUCUCGUCAACCAGCUGUUGGUAUGUGUUCAGUGUCACUGUCUGUACUAAAACUCAGCUCUCCUUUCUGCAGCCAUCAAUGCAGCUAGUACAGACAAAAGCAAUAAGUAUUUGUGUGCGUUGUGAGUGGUUCCGGUGUAUUUCUUGGUGUUGGUCUCCCUGUCCUAGUUCGACGACUUGGCGUUGGCCUGCCUGAUUUGGGUCCAGUAAGGACAGUGGUGUUGGCCAUUCCUCAGUUCAGACACAUUGGGUUGAGCCACCGGUUAGCAUGAUGCCCUGCUGUUGGCCCAUCUGUCAGUCAAGAUGACCUAUCUGCCUGUCUUUAGUACAACGGACCGAUGUCGUUCCCUAAAUACAACGUGGAUGGACGAUGUCCCAAGUACAGUAGUGUAGAUCUGCCGGUCCACAACACGGUGACAGGCACACGUCUUCCUGAUGGAACAAACAUGGUGUGGGUCUCCUGUUCCUCAUACAAUGUGUCAUUGGUCUGCCUGUGAGUGUGAUGGCAUGAGCCACCUGACAGUACACAAAUAAUCAGAGUCAUUCUGCCUGCCCUCUGCACAAUGGCAUGCGGUUGGACCACCUGUCACAGGUGUCCACGGGAGUCAUCCCACCGCCCUUAAAAACACCUGUGCUCUGCUGAAUAUGUACCUGGUUCCUACUGCUUCUCAGUGUCUCCGGGGACUGUGGAUCCUUCCAAGAGGGUGCAGUCCUGUUCUCUGCUGUGUUAACAAAGGCUACGAUGCCGAUGCCGAAGUAUCUUGCCACUCUGAGGUAUCUUCAGAGCAUCCUCGCAGCCACUGCAAAGGGACUUAAGGGGCAGGGAAAGUGUGAGGUCAUCCUGUGCUGGUAGCACCAGAGAGAGAGGAAGCAGCCACGCCCCCAAGCGCUUUGCCCGGCACACAGCGCGGGCUGGGGGCCUACUGAGGAGCGGCCGACGGACAGUCCUCCCCGGCCCAUCUCAUCUCACCUGCCUCUUCUUUGUUUUCGUGACCAUUUACGUCGGCCAUCAGCACAAACGUGAAAAUUCAGGGAAAACAAAUGCUUUUUGAUAAAAGUAAAUAGUUGUGAUUUCCGAUUCCGAUAUUUUUAGAGCUGAUGCUAUCUGUAAAAAUUAGUAACAAUAGUAAUAUAGUCUAUUUUACAUAUCAGGAAAGUGAACAUGUUUAAAUAUAGCCAUAUACAGCGAGAAGGAACUUACCACCCCUUCUUCAAAUCAAGGCAUUUCAUUUGUUGGUUGAAGCCGAUGAGAAGUGUACAGAUUGGAUAUGAUUUUUUUUUCUUUCUUUUUCUUUUUUUUUAAACUAAUAACCAAUUGGUGCAACUCUCCUUGUAACCAAAGGCCCUUUCUGCCUUGUGUGGUCACACAGGACCUGGCCCUUCCUUCCCUGUGUAGUUUGUCUGACCUUAAAGUAGCAUUUUAUGGAGUCACUUUUGAAGGACGAAUUCAGAAGUAUCAUUAAGAACCUACCUUUUCAGGCUUACUAGCCAGAGUCCUAUAGAGUUCUUAUAGAAACAGAAUAAUUGAAACUCAGCAUAUACUAUGCUUAGAAAGUAUUGCAUUAUGUUUUGGUUUUUUUUUUUUUUUUUUCCUUUUACUUGUGUAUGUAUUGUGGGAAUAUAGCUUUUCCCCUGUGCCCAAUUCAAAAUAGAGUAUUGUAAGUUUUCCCAGGCCCCACCUGCCAAAAAGGAGCAUACCCUGAUUUUUAAUACGUGUACACCCUACCUGUACCUGUGUAUAUGCACUGGGAAAUCUACCUAAGAGUCUCCACUGAGAAGCUGACCUUGACAGACAGGUCCUCACGGAAGAGAGGAAGGCAUGGUCUGGAGGCAAAUACCACUUUACCUUGGUGAUCCAUAUCGCACCCAUUCCUGAACCAACAAAAACGGGGCGGGGGGGGGGGGGGGUGGGGAGGAAAAAAACAAGUCAACCCAAAGAAACCAAGCUAGGGGCUCGCGCGGGUGGAUGCCUGGUCCCUUUGGCGAACUCCGUGAAAUUCGCCGAGAACCCAGCCGAACUUGGCUUCCAACUUCCGCCAUUAUCAGUAAGGGCUAGGGACCAGGCGGCUGUGUGUCCCGAUCACACAGGGGAGUCUGCGACCUGCAGAGAGAGGAGGGCCAGCUCUGGAGGAGUCGGUUUUUUCACUUUUUUUUUUUUUUUUUUUUAUCUUUGGGUAAAAAAAAAAAAAAAAAGAAAAAAACAGGGCUUUGGUGCAGUAGAUUUCUCAGUGCCUUCUUUAGGAAUUUUAUCUUAAGCACACUUAACGGGGAAAGAAAGAAGAGGAGAGGACGUUUGUUCCCGUGAAGGCCCUUUCUCUAAAAGCACUGGGGAUCAAGAAGAAAGAAGAAGACGGAGAACAGCAAAAUCCUGAGGAGACCACUUCCUUUCAACUCACCCGGCUUGACCCCCACCCCACCCCCCCCACCCCCGCCCCCAAAGUGCUGGCGACCACAAACUUGGCCAAACUGACUCCCAGCUCUCCUCCACCGCCUCUUGGUGACUAGCUUCAGCCCUGCCCUCUCUCCUAAUAAGAUCCCCUUUUCUGAGGAGAAAAAGAAACAGUAUUCUCUUCUGUAAAACUGUGACGUAUUCAUGUUUGUAACUAUCGUACGUUUCUGUCUUGCUCCAAGUCAUGGCUGGAGUGUCUAGUCCAUGGACAAGGGGAAAUUCAAACUUCAUCGCGGACAAGGGUCACUGGAGCCAGGUCUCUCUCUCUCUCCCCGUCUCUCUCCUCCUCCCCCCCCCCACCCCCUCCCUCGCUUCUUAGUUCUCUGCUAACUAGCCCCAAGUAACAUAACCCCAGGCUUCAGCCUCCAGUUAGGUAACUUUGAAUCCGAGGAGAGCCAGGCAAACCGCCUCGAGGGGCAUGAUCCUUUUUGGGAAAUGGCUCUUCCUGUGGCCAGAGGAAGAAGAGGUCACCUCCGCCACCCCCAACCGGACAGUGGAGAGCCUCCAGCCCUGAGUUACAGUUUGCCGUUUCUCACCACAUACAUGACCGCAUCCAAAUGCUUUCGCUCAGCCAGGGGGACCCAGACCAGCCUGGCUACGCCCAGAAAUAAAAAAGUUACCUCUGCA